UUCUUGAUAUAAAUUCCUCCACUCUCACCUGUGAAUGAUAUUAGAUAUAAAUCUGCCUAUGUUCAGGUGCUUUUUCUUGUAAUUUCAAUCUCAAAUUGAACAAACAGGUGAAACUGUAUGUGCGAGAGAAAAUUACUAAUGUGACGUUCGUUUUGUCUGGGAAAUUUCAAAUUUUAUGUCCUCAAAGCUAUUCUUUUCCUUAGAAAAUUAUUUUUUUGUUGUUGUAGCAUUGUGGUUGUUUUGACGUCUAAAAAAGCAGUGAAAUUAAUAAAAAUUAAUGAAUAUUAAAGGUAUUUGAAGUUAAUGAUAGUGACAUUAAUUGUUAUAUGAUACCGAUCGUCACAUGUGCGUCUGUGAGGCUGUGUAUUGUGAGCACACCUGUGCGAAGCUUGCACGAAGUCACAAAACUGUUUCCUCCGAUGUACGGAUAAUCCGGUGAAGGAGAAAAUGUUAAAUAGCGCCGUAUUUUCUGGGGACAAGUCAGUAACAUUUCAUUACUCAAACGAUAUUCUAACUAAAGCUUUGAGCGCUUUCAGAGUGGUUUCUGCACAAAGUCUAAAUAAAGUGGUGAUCACACAAAUAUGGGUUUUCUCUUGCCAUUCAUCCUAACUGCGGGUAUUAUUGUGAUCUUGGCGUCAAUUCAGGAAAUACGAAAAUUUCUCAUUGGGAGGUGGAAAUUGCGGAAAUUGCCAAGAAUUAAAGGAUUACCAUUCUUUGGAAAUGCCCUCUCAUUCUUUGGCCACGAUCAAGAAGAUUAUUUGCAUGUUUUAAUGAGAUUGCUGAAAGAUGUUGAUGGACCAACAAAAGUACAUCUUGGGCCACAAAUUUAUGUUGUGAUUUCAACGCCUGAAGAUGUGAAAACCCUCACAAUGACUACGGGAUGUUUGAAUAAAUUGGACGUUUACCGAUUCUUUCAUUGCCCCACCGGAUUAGCAACAGCACCUGGUCCCAUCUGGAAAACGCAUCGAAAAUUGCUGACACCAUCAUUCAAUUCACAAACUAUUCAAACAUUCCUGCCUAUUUUCAAUGCCAAGGCCAAGACAAUGCUCUCCAAUCUCGAUAGAGUCGUGGAGCAUAGUGAUCGCGACUUCCUCAAAUACAUUUACUACUGCACAUUAGAGAUGAUUUGUGAGACAACUCUUGGUUUCAAUAUUAAUGUACAAAAUGGCAAAAAUCUGGAUUACUUCGAAGCCGUGGAUAGUAUUGGGAAGAUUGUUGGGAAGAGAUUUUUCCAAGUUUGGUACUACAUCGAUGCCAUUUACAAGCAUUCCAAACAGUUUGUGCAGGAAACAAAAUUCUUCGAAAUUGCAUAUAGGCUCUCCAAUACGCUGAUUGAAGAGAAAAAGCAGGAAUAUCUCACGGAAAUGUCCAAUGAUAGCACCGGGAAGCCGCACAUUCUCAUUAAUCGUCUCCUGAAACUCCAUCUCGAUGGGGAGUUUACGCAGGAAAAUGUUAAGGAUGAAGUGGAUACAAUGAUUGCUGCUGGACAUGAUACAUCCGCUCUUACGAUCUCCUUCACACUCCUCAUGCUCGCCAUUCAUCAGGAUAUUCAGGACAAAGUUCUAGAGGAGAUUCGCAGUGUGAAUCCAAAUCCAACGGCUGAAAUGACUUUUGAAGAUGCAGGAAAGCUCACGUACAUGGAGAUGGUGUUAAAGGAAACGAUGAGAUUAUUCCCUAUUCUUCCCAUUAGUGGACGAGUUUGUACAGAAGAUACAAAAUUCUCAAACGGAGUGAUUCCUGAGGGAACAAAUCUACUCCUCUUCAGCUUCCGUCUUCACAGAUUGGAGAGCAUCUGGGGACCCAGGGCCAAUGACUUCUACCCUGAUCACUUUCUACCUGAAAAUGUAGCUCAAAGGCACCCCUACAGUUAUGUCCCAUUCGGCGGUGGUCUCCGGAAUUGUAUUGGCAAUAAGUAUGCCUUCCUCUCGAUGAAAACCAUCCUGGCACUUUUCCUCAAGAACUUCCACGUGACAGCCGAUGGUAUCACAAUGGCAGACGUGAAACCCUCCAUGAUUACAACAAUGCAAGUACGACAGACGGAUAAAAUACGAAUUAUGAGGAGAAAAUUACCGGGAAGUGUGUGAAAUUGUGUGGGAUUUACAGAAAGAGAGUUGCACAGAUUAUGUUAAUUAUUUAUAUGUACACAAAGGCAAUAUAAAAUGUAUAUUAUUGUGGUUCA